UCACUCCAGCGACCAGGCACAGAGUCGGAGAGUCAGAGUGUGUUCAGACACAGUCCCAAACUCACACACUCUCACACACACUCACACACACUCACACACACUCUCACACACUCACUCACACUCACACACACUCUCACUCUCUCACUCACACACACACACUCUCUCACACUCACACACACUCUCACUCUCUCACACACACACACACACACACACAGAUCACACAUCUGAGUCUGAGCUGAAGCAGGAGGCAGACAGGUAAACUCUCCUCUGAUGAUGGAGGACUUAAAUCUGCCCUUUUGGAUUUAUCUGUGCAUUAUCACCGUGUUGGUUGGCGGGCUCUUGAAGAAGAUUUUGGCGUCCCACGUGAGCGCCACCCCCACCCUGGUGGCCUGGUUGGGGGCCACCGUGCUGGUGGAGCGGCUGUGGUCGUUCUGGCUUCCGGCCGUGCUGCUGCUGGCGCUGCUCGGCCUCGCCUGCUGCCUCUACUCAGCCGCCACCACGCCGCCCAGCGCUCUGCCCGCUCAGGGCAAAGCCGUCCUCAUCACAGGAUGUGACUCCGGCUUCGGGAAAGCAGCAGCGAAGCGUCUGGACGCUCUGGGCUUCGAGGUGUUCGCCACCGUGCUGGACCCAACAGGAGAAGGAGCCCGCGAGCUGCAGAGGAGCUGCUCGGCCAGCCUCACCCUGCUGCAGGUGGACAUCACACAGCCACAGCAGGUCCAACAAGCCCUGCUGGACACCAAGGCCCGGCUGGGACACAAAGGUCUGUGGGGUUUGGUGAACAACGCCGGAGUGUGUGUGAACUUCGGAGACGUCGAGCUGUCGCUGAUGUCCACCUUCCGUGGCUGCAUGGAGGUAAACUUCUUUGGCACGCUGACUGUCACCAAGUGCUUCCUGCCGCUGCUGCGACAGGCCAAAGGACGCCUCAUCACCAUCUCCAGCCCCGCCGGUGACCAGCCUUUUCCCUGCCUGGCAGCGUACGGAGCAUCUAAAGCAGCCCUCAACCUCUUCAUCAACACACUGCGACACGAGCUGGAGCCCUGGGGAAUCCAAGUGUCCACCAUCCUGCCGUCCUCCUACAAGACAGGUCAUUCCAGUAACCAUGGCUACUGGGAGCAGCAGCACAAGCAGUUGCUGCAGAGUCUUCCGCCAGCGCUGCUGGAGGAUUACGGCGAGGACUAUGUGGUUGAAACCAAGGAGCUGUUCCAUAGUUACGCCCGCCAGGCCAACCCCGACCUCAGCCCCGUCGUUGACACCAUCGUCCAAGCGCUGCUGUCUCCGCAGCCACAGGCGCGUUACUUCGCGGGGCCCGGCGUCGGCCUCAUGUACUUCAUCAACACCUACUGCCCCUUCAGCAUCAGCAACCGCUUCCUCCAGAAACUGUUUGUGAAGAAGAAGCUGAUGCCGCGAGCUCUGAGGAAGCAGUCGGGCUUCGACCUCAGCCUCCACAACAACAACAACAACAACAAUAACAUCACCAAGGAGGACCAGCAAAAACUGCCACACAUGUGAGACAGUUAAAGAGUCAUCCGGCAGUGAUAGAGGACCACAUCUGUAAUGCACUCAUAGAGUUGUAAUCUGUCCUUUUAUAUGUGCUGUUUUGAACUGUUGAAGGGAUCAUGGAGAUGCACCAAACUGGUUUCUGUUUCUUUCUGUUUUGCCCCCCCCCCCCCUCCCCAGGUCAGGGGGGCAGGUUUGGUUGAGGUAGCAGCGAAGCCACAGGUCGAUCAGCAAACAUUUCACCUCUUUCAGCGAGAUCAGCUGUACUGUACACACACCGAGUCACACAUGUGCCUUCAUCACACACCCAAAAAAACCAACAGAAGAGAAGCAGGAAGGUCAAAGGUCAGCAGAGCGACGCAGCGCUGCAGCAGCUCGAUGACAGGAAGUUCAAGUUUGAUUUAUAUACAAACAGACGGGAUUAGUCAGGAUCAGCUCAUCAUCACUUCAGACUGUGGAAAGUAAAGAUGUGGUUUGUCUUUGAUUCAUCAAUUACUGAUCAGGACAAUAAUGAUUAGAUGUAAACAUGCAGAUGGGUUUUAAAUCUUUAUUUUGAUACUUGGACCAAUGAUGUUGUUGUUCAAGCCAACUCCACCCGUGUGGCAGGUCAGGAGCUUUGAAUGGAGCGAACCCAGUGAAACGAGCUGCUGCAGUGAGUCGCGCCCCCGUCCACCAGCGCACAUAUUUCACUUGUUCUAAACAAUUUAUUUAAAGAUUUGUACAUUUUUAAGCUCUGUGAACUUUUUAAGUCUUUGUUUUCUAUGUCAGAGCAACAGGAACAGGAAGUACAGUGAAUUUCAAAAGAAAAGCAAGCAUUUACUUCAACUUGUUAGUUUUUUAAUCUCAAAAAACCAAAAUGUUUUAUUUUAAUUAUUUGUUUUUACAUUCAUAUCAUGAACAUCCUACUUCCUGUUGUGACACCUAACCGCCCAAAUAAAAGCACAAAAGUGUAGAACAGUAAACAGGAAAUGAAAGUGACCUCAUCGAUGAAUAUAUUUUAUAACUUAAAACCUUUUUCAUGUCUGUAAUGAUAAUAUUAUAUGAUGGACAGGAUGUCUUUAUGUAACUCUGCAACAUUUCAGUUUGUUUUAUUCAUGAAUGAAAAACAAGUUUGAAGAAAAGAUUAUUUUCAUGGAUCAUAAAUAUUAAUCAAACUGGUAUCUUCCCCAGUUAUAGUGGUGGUAAUGUUUCCAGGUGAAGAUUAACCAUUUAACACACCAGAUUAUUAUCAUUCAUAUAUUACUUCAAAUUUGAGCCGUCGUGUUUCAGUUAUAUGAAAGUAAUUUAUCUAUCAUCACAUUUAUUUUCUGCUUUCAGGACAUCAGAUACUGAGGUUAUAAACACUAAACCUCACUUUGCUGCAGAAACACUCACAGGCUUCUCUUCUACACACUGAGUUUAUCGUCAUAUUCAGGAUCUUUGAAUGUUCAUCUUGUGUAUUUGAGUAUUUUUUAAAAACCUUUUAUGAUUAAAUAUAUGAAAUAAAUGAAGCGUGUAGCAACAACUCUGAAAUAAAAUUCAAACCUCAUCCUGGCAACUAUAUUCCAAAUGAACAGCAUAUAUUUACAGAACAAGUAUAUUUAUUGUGAUGUGAAUAUGAUUCAUAAAUACACAACAAUGUUAAAAAGGUGAAUAUUUUUGGAAUAUAUUUGCACAUGUUCAGUGAGUGUGAUGUAUUUCUGAGGUCUGUGGAAACACUGUCUGUCUCUCUUCGGAUUCACCUCCAACUUCACUUCUUCUUCUUCUUCUUGUGUUUGAAUCAAACUAUUUAUGGCAUAUUUUCUUUUAUCAUCACUUAAACUGUGAAUUUUGUAUAAAAAAAUUAAAAAUCAAAAGAAACAAAAACAAUAUGAUGUAAAAUGUUCACUUGGUUCAUUCUUUGAUAGAAAUAAAGUUGACUUUUUCAGAU